CACGUGUAGCUGAGGUUACGUCGAACGCUUCUCUUGAAGAAGCUUUUACAGCCCUCGCAGGUAAACACGCCGUAAUGUUUCCCGCUCGACUUGUCCCCGCACACUACACAGUCCAAUACGCAGGCCUUGUCGUCCUCCCCGGCCUCCAUGUCGCUGCCCCCCGCCUGGGGAGAGCCGUCCUCAUCCUCCCGCUUAAGGUAGCCCUUUUCCCCCAGCCCGUUGGUGCCGCCAUUGGGAUCUCCCCAGCCCCCACUCACCAUGGCCAUUGCUUGGUUACCGAACCACCGAGGAAGACCACGCCACAGGCAGUCGAGAUUCGUCAAGCAUGCACGCUUCGGGCGUCGGAGUAGCUGACACCGAGGUUGCAGACAAGCAGCACGGUGCAGCGGAGAGGAUGGAGAGAACGCCCGCGGCAGAGCUGCAGCCUGGGACCGACGACCAUCAUCGGGGACCGGCUUCAGCAACAUACGGAGUGCUCGAUAAAUUGUUUGGAAAGAGGCUUCUGCAGGCCAGACACUACAUAUUGUCUCGGAAGUCCUGGCUCAAGAUGGUUCCAACAGAAAACUGUGACAUCCUGAUGACAUUUCCAGAUUCAAUAGAUGAUCACACUUUGCUGUGGCUUCUGAAUCAGAUCCGAGUUGGCAUCCCUCAAGUCAGUAUUCAAGUUCGGCAGCAUAAACAUACCCAAGCGUAUGCCUUCUUCAUCACAACAACAUUUGAGAAUUUACUGCGGGGAGCGGAACAGAUGAGCAUGCACAAGGCUGUCAAGCCGCAAUUUGGUGGCGGGAUGCGACGCUUCUGCUGUGAAGAGGACAACAUCUAUAAGAACAUAGAGAGCGAGCUCUGCUUUUUUACAUCGCAGGAGCGUCAGAGUAUCAUCAAGUAUUGGCUCGACAAUCUGCGAGCCAAACAAGGGGAAGUUCUUCACAAUAUUCACUUUCUGGAGGGACAACCAAUCAUACCUGAGCUGGUGGCCCGCGGUGUGAUCCAUCAGAUGUUUCCUCUCCACGAGCAAAGGAUCCUUAAUCAGCUAAUGACAUCUUGGGUUCAGGCUGUUUGUGAAAGGCAGCCACUGGAUGACAUCUGCGACUACUUCGGAGUGAAGAUCGGCAUGUACUUUGCCUGGCUUGGUUUCUAUACCAACUCCAUGCUUUACCCUGCAGUAAUUGGUUUUCUCCUAUGGAUACUUGCAGAGGCAGAUCAGACAAGUCAGGAUAUUUGCUGUGUGGUGUUUGCACUCUUCAAUGUUGUGUGGGCAACUUUGUUUCUGGAGCGCUGGAAGAGGCGAGAAGCCGAGCUGGCUUACAGGUGGGGCACCCUUGACACUCCUGCGGAGUCCUUAGAGGAGCCCAGACCACAGUUCAGGGGUGUUAAACGCUGCAGUCCCAUAACAGGCUGUGAAGAGUUCUACUAUCCCCCGUGGAAGAGGGCUAUGUUUCAAUGGCUGGUCAGCCUUCCCAUAUGCCUGCUUUGUCUCUUUUUUGUCUUCCUCAUCAUGCUCCUCUGUUUGGAACUGCAGGAAGUGGUAAUGGAGAUUCAGGAGCUACCUAGCAUCACAAGAUUUAUUCCCAAAAUCCUGCUUGCUAUUACUGUAACAAUAUGUGAUGAAGUUUAUAAGAAGAUUGCCUAUUGGCUCAAUGACAUGGAGAACUAUAGACUUCAGAGUGCCUACGACAAUAAUCUCAUCAUCAAGAUGGUUUUCUUUGAAUUCAUCAAUUCUUACCUAAGUCUUUUCUAUAUUGGAUUCUACCUCAAGGAUAUGGAGCGACUAAAGGAGAUGCUUGCAACACUGCUGAUUUUCCGUCAGUUCCUCCAGAACAUAAAGGAGGUCCUCCAGCCGUACCUCUACGAACAAAACAAGCUGGGUGUAUUUACGCCCAAGGUGCUGUGGGAGCUACUACAAGCCAUUGUGCUCAAGUAUGGCCGCCUGGCUCUUGGAAAGGCCCAAGCGUCAAUGAUUGCCUACUCUUUCCUGGGGCACAGAGGACACCCAGCCAGCGACAGCACGGACACUGACUCACUGCCAAGGACCAGGGGGGAUUUAAAAGCUGGAUUCAGGCUGUCAGAAGAAGAGUGGGAUAUGAAUGACCCCUGUGCUCUCAAGCAGCGAAAAGUCAGCUUCACAGAGAAGGUUGACUACCAGGAUGUCGCGGUGGAAGCACAGACAGCAGAUGACAACUUCCCUGAGGACAGCCCCACUCUGGUAGAGGGUGGAAUGGAUCCAUCCAGUAUCUUUGACAGUUGCGAUGAGGAUAGUGACCUUGAAUUGUCCGCUCAGGAGGCCAAAGAGAAUACCACUGGGUUGUCUUCAAGAGAAUCUAACAGCCUCCGUUACAGAAGAAAAACAGUGGACAAGGGCAAAGAAGACAAGAAGUCCUGGAUUGAUCCACCAGAAGAACCCCAAACUGUCACACUAGCGCAGGCUGAGAUUGAAAGCUGCAUGCAGACUUAUGAGGAUACGCUUCAGGACUACCAGGAGAUGUUCAUUCAGUUUGGCUACGUGGUUCUCUUCUCCUCUGCGUUCCCCCUGGCAGCCAUGUGUGCGCUUAUCAACAAUAUUAUCGAGAUCCGUAGCGAUGCCCUCAAGCUCUGUACGGGCCUGCAGAGGCCCUUUGGCCAAAGGGUGGAGAACAUUGGACAGUGGCAGACUGCAAUGGAGGCCAUGGGCUUGAUAGCCAUUAUUGUUAACUGUUACUUGAUUGGUCAAUGUGGUCAGCUGCAACGACUUUUUCCAUGGUUGAGUCCUGAGAUGACUGUCGUCUCCAUUGUUUUGCUGGAGCACUUUGCCAUCCUCCUAAAGUACGUCAUCCAUGUUGCCAUCCCUGACAUCCCCGCUUGGGUAGCAGAGGAGAUGGCCAAGCUAGAAUAUCGACGAAGGGAAGCUUUCAAGAGGCAUGAGCUACAGGCACAACAGCAUUUCCAGCAGCAGCUCAGGCGUCGCCGCGAGGAGGAGGAACUUCAACGUCAAGCCGAGGCUCGUCAGGAAAGCGAGUGCCACAAAUCGGACACCCAUCACCAGCAUCACCACGAGAAAACGUCAGGUGGCAAGCCCAAAAGACCCAGCUCCCUGCUCGGGAACAACAACGUGAUGAAGCUCAAGCAGAUCAUCCCGCUUCAGGGUAAGUUCUCCUCAGGCAGCUCCCGCUCUCCAGCUCAGUCACCCACCGGGGGUGAGGCCAAGCUGCCAGGGUUCCUUAAGUUUUUGAAGUCCACAGAGGUGAAAAAAGAGCCGGCAACAGCCGCCGGCUCACCCGGAUUGACUGGGAACUCUUCGGCCACCUCAAGUGGCCAGGAGCGAAAUCAGUCUCCCAACAGGACUUUCAGUCCGGGUAAGUUGUUCAGUUUUAGCAAGUCAGAAGGAACUGUAGUGUGUGCUAAUGGGACACAAUCACCUAGCCAGCCGGACAGGGCUGAACUCAACUCGACUCAUGAGGAAUUACCGUCAAAUGAGUCUGAUAAAGGAGAAGCUGACUUGGAAAGCUCAGGCUCAAAGAAUUAAUCAAAAUUGUAAAAUAUAUAUCUAUUCUGUAUUAUUUUCAAUGUAAAUGACAUGAGUAAGUCCUGGGACAAACAUCUGCACAGUAGUGAAACUUAAAAUGUAGAAAGUCAUUUGAAGAUCUAUUCCAUAGCUUUGAUGUCUAGUUCAUGCACAGCACUGGUGUCAAAUCCGAGGCCCGGGGACCAGAUCUAGCCUGCUACUUCUUAUUUUGUGGCCCACAAAAGCAUGUCGUGCACAAUGACUUUCCUUGGUAAAAAUGCAGAUUGUUGUAAUUUAAAAACAUUGAGGUAAUACAAGCAUUGAAUAUUUUUAUAACAAAGUUUUUACUGGCUUCUGAUUUCAAAACCAGGGAUCAUUCAAUUAAUUGUGUAGGGACAGCAGGAUUUGUUGUCCUGUAACUAUCCCGUUACAGUGUUAGGUUGUCUUUGAUUGAUAGUAAAUCACUGUUUUGUUUUCUUUUCUUUUCUUAAAAAAAAAAAAAAGAUAGGGAAAUUAAACGGAUCUCAAAUCCAAGCCAAGAUAGUAAACUUCCCUGAAAUGCAUGAAUGAUAACUCUAAGAUGUGUCGAUUGGAUGACAUUCAUGAAAGUGUAAAAAUUUCGACAACCAAUCCCACACUGCCCUAUAUGUAAUAAUAUAGGCAGUCAUACAUUUAUCAGUCCGUGGUCGUAAUGGUCGUAUGAGGGAAACCAUAAGCAUAAUGUGGCCCAGUUCGACACCCUUAAAUGUACAGUGAAGCACAUUCACGGUUCACUUACACUUCAUUAUUCAAUAGUUGAAUUUACAUGGAGCCUUGUAUUCUAAUUCAAAUGCACAAACCGAAUGAAAAUGCUCCAUAAAAACCCCUCAACUCAUUUGGUACUGCCAACAGUGGGCCUGAAAUGUGAUCAUUACACUGGAUAUCAAAGAUAUAGAAUACAUUCUCAAACACAAGUUAAAUUUGAAUGCACCAUACUUUGCACAAAGCAUCCAACUAUGUAACAGUUCUAACAGCUUCCAUGUAAAUAGGAGUACAGUACAUUGAAUGUGACUCUUUGAAUGAAUCUUUUUCUCUUUGAGAUUUAACAAUUGCAUGGCUCAGUCCCAUUCCAGGUUUGGUUCUCCUUUUCAAGCCUGCAUUGAAUGCGUAUUGUGCACGAAUCACCAGGUCAUGAUGUGUUUUUCAGCACUUUAUGAAGCCAUCGUAUUCUUCUGCAAUAGCCUACAUUCUAGUCACUGUGACCAUGAAAGGUAUUCUAUUUUUCUCAAAUUUGAUUUUAUUUUUUUGACAAAUUAUUUUACUACAUGAAUUUGUGAAUGUGUUUCUUAUGAAAAUGAAUCACUUGAAUGAAGUCAAAGGCGUAUGUGUUUACAAUUUAAUAAACAUCACAGAUUAAAAAACAAAAAGCUUG